UCCCACUACAAUUUUUUUUCUUAAAUUACUUUGACAAUAUAACUUAUGCCUAAAAGUUCGUUUCCAUCUAAUGGCAUAACGACUGAUAUAUAAACUGAAGUCACGAACGUUUGGAAUGCGGAGUUUUUAUUUUCAAUUAAACUCAAAAAUUAUCUUUUUAAUUUGCCACAUCACAUGAAUUAAUAAUAGUGCCGUUACUGUGUGUUAUUAGAAAUCUUUUUUUUUCUCAUAACCUUUCGUGAAAUAAUAAAUUUAAUAAAGAAUUUAGUAUUUUUCUAAUUUUUAAAUAAAUUUAAAAAUGUUACCUUCUUUUUAGUAAAUGAAUAAAAAUAAAUUUAAAUAAUUUUUUGAAAAUCGAGAGAAAUAAUUAUUGUAAUAAAAUUAAACGAAUAUGGCAAUAAGUUUGAGUAAUUUUGUUCUGGAAUUUUUUGGAGUUGUGACAGUAGUGCUCCUUGGUGUUUACUUGUAUUUUAAAUUAUUUAUUUACAAUUAUUGGGAAAAAAAUGGAGUCCAAUAUAUAAAACCCAUAGUGCCAGUUGGGAAUAUUUUGAACGCCGUUAUUGGAAAACAGCACAUUGGUGUUUUUUUCGAAAAUGCCUACGAGAAAAUGAAGAAAUAUCGAUAUGGUGGACUUUAUACAUUUCACAAACCAUGUUUAAUGAUAGCCGAUCUUGAUUUAGUAAAAAUGGUCUUAACAGAAAAAUUCCAACAUUUUCACGAUCGUGGACUUUAUUGUAAUGAAACAGUUGACCCUCUCUCGGGACAUAUUUUUUUUCUAUCGGGACAAAAAUGGGAAAAUUUACGUGCAAAAUUGACACCAAUUUUCACUUCGGAAAAAUUGGAAGGAAUGUUUGGUAUUUUUAAAGAAAAAAGUGAUCAUUUGUGUUUUACUUUAGAGAGUCACAAGCAGAAAAUUAUUGAAGUCAAAGAUAUAAUGGCACGAUACACAACUGAUGUGAUUUUUACAACAGCAUUCGGUGCAAAUCCAAAUAGUCUUGACAAUCCAAAAAGUAAAUUUCGCUACUAUGGGAAAAAAUUAUUUGAAUUAAGUUCAACAAAAACUGCCCUUGCAUUUUAUGCACCUAGUAUUAUGGAUUUUCUCAAAAUUCCCCUAAACGAUAGAAGUUGUAGUGAAUUUUUCAUGAGAAUUUUCACUGAAACAUUUGAACAUAGAGUCAAGAAUAAUAUAAGAAGAAAGGAUUUCUUGGGUUAUUUAAUACAACUUGUUAAUUAUGGACAUUUAGAAGAAGUUGAUGCAGAAACAUCGAAAAUAGCGGAUUCUUUGGACGGUAAAAUAACAUUUAUGGAAGCUGCGGCGCAAGCUUUUCUUUACUUUGUAGGCGGUUUUGAAACUUCAUCGGCAACAAUUUCCCAUUGUUUAUACGAAUUGUCUGUUCAUCAGGAAAUACAAGAAAAAGUUCGCGAGGAAAUUAAAUUUGCCUUGGAGAAACAUGGGGAACUCAGUUAUGAUAGUUUGAAUAGUAUGCCGUAUCUUCAUCAAUGUGUUUCUGAAACUAUGAGACUGUAUCCAGGACUGACUUUUUUUAAUCGAAAGUGCACGAAAGACAUCGAUUUACCAACAACUAAUUUACAUGUGAAAAAGGGUGUCGACGUUGUGAUUCCUGUUUUGGGAAUUCAUUUGGAUCCGGAAAUUUAUCCCGACCCUUUGAAAUUUGAUCCCGAAAGAUUUACUCCAGAAAAUAUUGCCGCUAGACAUUCAUACGCUUAUUUACCCUUUGGCGAAGGUCCAAGAAUUUGCAUUGGAAUGAAAUUUGGUUACACUCAGACAAAAGUAGCCUUGGUCAAUGUUUUGAAUAAAUUUCAAGUGACUUUGGGACCAAAUACUCCAGUGCCACUUGUAAUUAAUCCAAAGUCCAUUGUCACGUAUUCAUCGAAGGAAAUUAAUUUGCGCUUUGAGCGAUUGUAAAUAUAAUAAUUUUAAAAAAUUAUAUUUAAAUAAAAAAUGUCAAAAAUCCAAAAAAGUAAAAUUUCAAAGUAAAGAUAAAA